UCACUCUCAGUGUUGUGUGCCAUUUCCACUUCUUACAGAGCGAUUUCGUUACUGUAACUAAUUAUGGUGCCUGUUGUCCACAAAGAUGAGGCCCAGGUGAUUCCAGAAUACACAUGCUACAGGAUGAACACGUCUGAGGCAACAGAGAAAAACAGAUGUUGUAUGACCAAUUCUUUCCCUGGACUGUGUCAGCUGACCCACUUAAUUCUGGUGGAUACUUGUGAUGUUGAAUGUAACAUCAGUGAGGUCGCUGGGGAGGAAACAAUCACCCAUGAUGAUUUUGAUUGCAAGAAUAUUGAGCCAAACAUUUUCUCUCCAGACUGGGCACAGGCCAAAUAUGAAAGUAACUGUAUAUCAACACAGAGACAAACAUGCAGUGCUUCCAGUACUAACUAUUAUGCUUAGUGCAGCAGCAAUUUUCAUUUACACAGGACUGGCAAAAUAUUCAGACUUCACUGUUGUUCAGUAUGAUUGAUCAGACAGUAUGAUUGUAAGUGUGGAAAAUAUCAACAUG